AUGCAGGUGAGAGGCUUCCUGUUCCUGGCAUACAGCCUCACCCUAGUUGGCCCACAGGCUGUGGCCAGGUCAGCCGCUGACAAUCCCGACCUCUUCCCCCGGCAACACCAACAGUUGAGCGUCGCCGAAAUCCAGCGCGAACUCAACAGCAUCCUCUCACCGAGAUCUAUUAUUUUCGGUGUAGACGAUGCCCGAUACGUGAACGCGACGAAGCCUUGGAAUACUGUUGCCACGCCGCACAUCCAGCUUGUCAUCCAGCCGGGCGAGGAGGCGGAUGUCUCUACAAUCGUAUCAUACUGCAAUGAAAAUAAUGUCCCCUUUCUCGCACGCGACCGCGCCCACGGCGGCGCGUCCUCCCUCAAUGCCUUCACCGGCAUCCAAAUUGACCUCUCCCCUUUCUCAGAGAUCACAAUUGACUCCUCCGGCACCUCUGCUCGUUUUGGAGGUGGCGUUUAUGGCGGACAGGUGGUUUCCUACCUCUGGGACCGGGGGUAUGUAACACCCACCGGCGCAUGCGACUGUGUGUCCGUGAUGGGACCCGGACUAGGCGGGGGCCACGGUCGACUGGAAGGGCUGUACGGGAUGAUCAGCGACAACAUCCUGCAGCUGAAUGUGGUACUCGGGAACGGGACGGCCAUCACGGUGAACAGCACCAGUCAUCCAGACCUGUAUUGGGCCAUGAGAGGGGCAGGACACAACUUCGGGAUCGUGACGAGCUUCGAGAGCAAGAUAUAUCUACGCGGCCCGGAGACAUGGCACUACCACAACUAUGUCUGGGCUGGCGAGCAGCUGGAGGUUCUAUUUAGAGCAUUGAAUGCCCUGCAUAAGAACGGGUUUGGGUCUACGCCGGUGAAUAUGGCGCAAAACUGGGGCAGUUUCUUCAUGAACGAGACUAUUGACGCCCAGAACCCCCUUAUCCGGUGGUAUUUCGCCUAUCACGGCUCUGCGGAAGCUGCAGCGCCUCUCCUGGCACCAUUUAACGCGAUCCCCGCGCUGUUUGAGGAGUCAGGGGACCUGCCCUACCCGGAGAUCGCAGCUACGCAGGGCCUUGACUCAGAGAGUGUUGUCUGUCAGCAUGGGUACAGGAUUGUCUCAGCAACGGCAGGACUUCAGGUGUAUAAUGUUACUGCGGAGCGUAGAAUCUUCGAGAGUUUUCGACGGCGAAUUGGCAGCAAUCGGGCCCUGGCAAGGGGUGGUGUCAUUGAGCACGAUGGGUACAGCACUGCAGGUGUGGAAGCGUUUGACCCAGAUGACUCGGCGUAUCCUUUUCGAUCGGACCGCCAUCUUAUGCUGAUUAAUAUUGGUAUUGCGCUGGAUAAUACGGACAGCGAGUUGCAGAGGGAGGCGUGGGAGUGGGCGGGCGAGGUCCGCGAUAUGUGGAAUGAGGGACAGCCUGGAAGGAAGGCUCACGCGUAUGUUAACUACGCGAAUGGAUUCGAACCAGUAGAGGAGAAGUACGGGCAUGAGGCGUGGAGAUUGGAGAGGCUAAGGGUGUUGAAGGAGAGAUAUGACCCCGACAACCGAAUCCGGUUCUACAACCCCAUCAUUCAGAGCUGA